UACAUUUAUGUGCAGUAUGAAGUAUUGAUGAUCAUGAGUCGUGAGCGCAAUCUGCCAACUCUCUCUUGCCUGACUGGCGAAGGGUGUUUGUAUCAGCGGUUUGGGAACAUUUACAUUCUCCUUUGACAAACUUACACCGAUAUUUAUCCUGACUGAGAAACUCUGCCGCAUUUAUGGAUUCAAACAGAAGAAACGUCAAUGUUCAGGUCAGAAUCAUCGUACAAAUGGGAAAUAAAAACAUUCAACACUGAAUUUGUUUCUUAUGAUUCAUCUCAAGGUUUGUGCUUCAAUGGUUUACAUUUGUUUUGUUUGAGAGGACUUUAGAUUUACUUCACUAUCAUUUACCUGAGCACAUAGAAAAAUACAUUUGCUCAUGUCGUUGUGAGAUGAUGAUGAUGAUGAACAUUAUGGAGUGUUUGGAGCUGUCGUCUGUAGACUGAUAUUGAUGAUAUUAAUGGUGUCUGAUGUGUCAGAGGAUGUUCCUGUGGCUUCACUCAACUUCUCGUCACUGAGCGCUGACAGUCCGUAUGAACGUGACUGCGUGGAGGGAUGUGUACGUGAAACCAUUCUCCUGCUUCUCCGUGCGGCUUCUUCACUUCAGUCUGUAGCUCGUACGUUCCCUCGAAUCGGAGUUCUGACCUUCCAACAAACCCGAGUGAAGAUGAUCUUCUACCGUGACUUCAUCUCGGCUUUAGACGCCGCUGGGAAACUUUCAUUAGCGUCAACCAGCAGAGCCGGAUCUCAUUCAUCUGAGAGACAGAAGAACAUCACGAGACCUGCGACCACCAAUGCCAGAACGUCUGCUAAACACCCUGCGAGAAAAGAUCUAAAGACCGAACCUUCGUCAGCUCAACGGCAGCCCGAUGAAGAAGAUGGACGAGUUUAUGAAUCAUUUGGAUAUGCGGCAGCGUCUCGUGGCUCAGCAGACGGAGAGAUUGUGACAUCGAACACUGACAGAGUUGUGAAGCUGUCACAGCCGGCAGGAGACACGAUGAACGCGAUGACUGUAAAGAGUGAUGCAGGUGUGAACGAGACGUGCGCUGAUCACAGACGAGCAGGACAGGAGUUGUGUUACGUGUGCAUGCAGCGGGCUCGACGAAACAUCCCCCUAUAUGUACCAGAUGAUGAGAGAAAAAGAGCUGAACAGGAACAAGAGCGAGUCUUAAUGCUCAAUCAACAUCAGAAAGAUCUCCAGUAUUUCCAGAAACAAGAGGCGGACAGAAUGAAAAAGCGUGAAGACGGUCGACAGAUCGCGGCGUUUAAUCUGGCUCUUGCUGAAGUUCAGAGACGCAGGAGGACAUUUAACCAAUCACAUGGUUCGUACAUUUUUGCGAGUCAUCUCUGCACUCCGGACCACCGGCUGCAGCAGAGAGAUCCUGUGACUUUAGCUGAGCAGAGACUUCCAGCACACAAGAUCUCAGAAGAGCUGAGGAACAUCAGCAGAGCAAGAGACCAUCAGCUGAAAAGCUUGAACGACCAGAAGAGAGAACGAGAAAUCAUUCAGACAAACCACCAAGAAAUGUCAGAAGAGCGAAUCCGUCACUAUGAGAAGGUUCGAAACCUGCAGGUGGCUUGUGAGAAAAACUGGAAGCACCGCGUCUCCCUGAGACGUCAACGAGACCGAGAGGAUCUCCAGGACUUCAGGAGGUUUGGAUGUCAGAAUAUAACGGAUCAACUUGAAAAAUAUGAGCGAUGCAACCGAUGCAAACGCAGCACUGCCAACCGCGGCCAGAGCAACCUCUUCAGAGACACAAAUUAUCUGUCUGGAUCUCGCUUGAUGCUGUAGACCAAAAUAUUACAGAAACUGCUCGAUUUUCAGUGUAGACAUCUUAUGUAAAGCUUGCUGAGAGGGCCUGUGGUGUUAAUGAGUGGAUACACAUCAUUCACGUUGUAACGUUCUCUGUAAGACAUCAGUAGAAAAUAAACUUGUGUAUAAGUGAGCUAUAGAGAACGCACAAAGACUCUCCAUAUUUUAGUAAUGAUUAUACCACGGGGCUGUUGAAUGCUUCAAUCUGAUUGGUUGACAAACCUUCUAUGGGUAUGUAUUAACUUAAAGUAAAAUGCACACCUAUGAAGGUGUUCCAAGUCUGCCGACCACAUUACAGUUCCAAAUCACUUCGCCAAGUUUAAACAACAGAAAGGUUAUAGUGACGCCUACAGGCCAUUACUGCACACAGCACCCUGCCCGUGAUCUGACUUUUGUAACUUUACUGUUAAUGGAAACGUGCGCAGUUUCGUUUCAAUAAACAAAGCAUUUCAAAAACAAGAAAUACAUAGACUGAAAUCGAAAAAAAUAAAAUAACUAAAUAGAAAAACAAAAUGCAUUAAUGAACACUGAUAGCCUACUGGUUCCUCUUUAUGCUGCUUAUAACUGAUAACAAAUAUAUUUUGAUAGACGUACUCUUUCAAAAGUUUGCGGGAUUUUUUUACUCCUUAAGAUAGAAACAAUAAGAGAAACGAAUAAAUAAUUUAUUAUCACCGGCUUUUCUGUCACAUUACCGCAAACACGCAGCUGUGCGCGCGAUCUCUCGCUCUCUCUCACUCGCGGCUCUCACUAAAUCCUUGGUGCUUCGAGUCUGACGUCAUCACGCAACCGUGUUUUUGGCAAGUUUAACAAUCAUAGGUAGUUUAGAUGGUCAGAAUUAGGUUAGGGUGUGGGUUAGGGUAAAGGUUUCGUAAGACGUGAAACACCAAGGAUUUAGUCAAAACCAACAAGCCACGCCCACGGAUCUGACUCGAAACACACGUGGCUCAAGCUUCCGAGACCGUUCGCUCUAACGGAAAUGAGAUGCGCAAGAAAGUAGUCCUACCACCAACAGCAUUUUACAGAUGAUAACACGACAAACAUUGAAAUGAAACAUUUGACCAUUGUCCUGUGGUGUGGUAACCGUGGUAUAAGCGGAAUAAUUGACAUAAUUGUUUUUAAAAAGUAUGAAUGGAUAUCUUUAUUUGGUUAGGAUUAUUUAUUCAAUCAAGAUCACAUGUAGGUCGUGUUUGGUAUCUAUAAAGUCUACAUUUGGGUAAGUCUUCUUUCCCCAAAUCAUUUACUUGAUCCGAAUAAUUAUGUUUAUAAUUAGAAAUAUUCCCCUUUUGGGCUAACACUUGUUUUCCUUGCACAGGGAAUGGUGGAAAUGUUAUCUGUGAGCAAAGACCAUUAUUAAACUUGACAUUAUUUGAUGGAGAUUGUAAUAAUGUAAAUCAUUUUGUAAAGGUUUUAACACUGUAGCGAAAAGCCCUUCACUGAUCUGUGUGACCUGUUAAGAGUUUACAUUGUGUGUGCGUCUUCUAUAAAAACAAACAAAGCUUUUGUGCUUUAAAUUGGUUGUUUUUU